AUGAGUGGAGACAAAGGCAAACGCAACAGCGUGAGCAGACCGAACGACCACAAGAGGAAGGACAGCAAGUCCAAGUCGCAGAAAGAUACACAAAAACCCAAGGACAAGGUUGGUGACGAGGAAAUGACUGUGGUAGUUCCACCUUCGAAAGGUGAUGCAGGAAAGAAUGAGGAUGUCGCAAUGAAUGGCACUGACGAGGCAAAACUAAAAGACCCGCCAGUCGAUCCAAAGGCCAAAGCCAUUGCAGACAUCAAAGCCAAUCUCACGUUACUCGAAAAAGCAGUCAGCCUCUUCGACCCUCGUUUUACUCUGCGAGUAUUGCGGAAUAUUCCUUCUGUGCGGAAACAGCUCUCGGCCGACCUGUUAGCACGUGUCAUUAUCGAAACCUACACAACUCCUACUCCUACCUCGUUCGCGUUGCUGAAAGCAUUGGGUGAUGAGGAGGGAUUUCCAAGAGCUGAUGCUGAUGCGUGGGUCAAGAAGAAGGAUUCGGCACAGUCCGCCUCUAAGAAGAGCGACACUACGCCCAAGGAGAUCCUUGCAGAGGUCGAUGUCUAUUUUUCCAUUCUCAUCCAGGUCUACUUCUACGACACAAAGAAUAUCGAGUCAGGAGCUGAAUUCUCCGAAGGACUUAUCGGUUACUUAAAGCCCCUGAACAAGCGCACCUUGGAUUCGCUGGCCGCACGAGCAUACUUCUACUAUUCUCUCUUCCUUGAGGAGACUGAUCCCAAGCCACCAAGCCCGAACGCUGCGGUUGUGUCCAUCAGAAAGACCUUGCUCGACGCUCUCCGAACUGCCACUCUCCGAAAAGACCAAGAUACUCAAGCUGCGGUCAUCACCUUACUUCUGCGAAACUAUCUCUCUACCUCCCGUAUCACACAAGCUGACCUUCUCAUCUCGCACACUCAGUUUCCAGAUUCCGCAGCCAACAACCAGGUCGCCAGAUACCUGUAUUAUCUUGGCCGAAUCAGGGCGAUUCAACUGAAUUACUCCGAAGCACACGACCAUCUGAUAGGUGCCACUCGGAAGGCGCCCACAUCCUACAAGGCCAGUGGUUUCUACCAAGCAUCGACAAAACUACUCAUCGUGGUCGAACUGUUGAUGGGAGAUAUUCCCGAUCGGGCCAUUUUCCGACAGCCCAGCCUAGAGAAAAUCUUGUCCCCUUACCUACAGUUGGUGCAAGCUGUCUCUUCAGGCGACGUGAAUGCUUUCCAGAACCUCACUCAGAAAUACAGCUCCGUCUUUCGAGCCGACAGCACGUAUACCCUCAUCCUUCGACUACGACAAAACGUCAUCAAGACUGGUAUACGCAUGAUGUCCCUAUCCUAUGCACGCAUCUCUCUCCGAGACAUGUGUUUACGUCUUGGUCUGGAAAGCGAAGAGUCUGCAGAAUACAUUGUCGCUAAGGCGAUCAGAGAUGGUGUCAUCGAAGCCACUCUGGAUCAUGAACAUGGCUAUAUGAGGAGCAAGGAUGUGGGUGAUGUAUACAGCAGCAACGAGCCGUUUGACGCAUACUCAUCAAGAAUAAGAGCUUGUCUGGCUCUACACGAUGAGAGUGUCAAGGCUAUGCGCUUCCCAAUGAACCAACACAGACUCGAAUUGAAGAAAGCCCAGGAAGCACGUGAGCGAGAGCGAGAGCUUGCAAAAGAGAUUGUGGAUGGAGAGAUAGAUGAGGAAGAUGGUCCAGGUGGUGAUUUUGAGGGCAUAUAA